GAGCGUGUCCAAGCAACAAGGCUUGAGCGCGGGACGUUAAAGGUCGAACACGUUGCACAAGGAGGUUUUCGAGUGCUCGUUUUAGUGUCGGUGCUAGACGAUAAGUUACUACUUCUCCACCGGACUCGAAAUUGGAGUAUCACAAUUUCUCUGAGUUCUGGAUGCAAUGGCCUCCCACGCUGAAGAGACGGAAGAACUGGACCUAGUUAUUGUUGGUGGUGGAAUAUCCGGCCUUUGCGCAUUGAGAACAAUCGUGAGCCUCGAAAAAGGCCCUCUAAAAAUCGCCCUUCUCGAAAACCAAUCUUCCAUCGGCGGCGUAUGGGCCCAGGAACGACUAUAUACAGACCUGAAAACGAACCAUGUCCUCGGAAGCUAUGAAUUCAGCGACUUCCCUAUGCGGCCGAAGGUACAUUCUGAUCUGAAACCAGGACACCAUAUACCCGGAAAUACAGUGCACGAUUAUCUGGAGACAUAUGUGGAUGAGUUCUUGUUGAGGGGGUAUAUCAGAUUAGGGCAAAGGGUGCAGAAUGUCGUAGAACACAAGACCGGCGACGAUGAUCAGACAUCUACUUGGGAGCUUGAAAUUGAAGAUCUUUCAGCCGGUACAAUAUCUACAAUUCAUGCAAAAAAAUUGAUUGUUGCAACGGGUCAAACGUCGCAGCCCUAUUUCCCAGAACGACUAUUCAAGAGUCAAGACGAAUUCGAGCGUCCCAUAUUCCAUUGCGUGGAUUUACACAAAUACGAAUCCGAACUGUUCAACAAUGCAGAUGGAAAGGAGAAGAAAAGGGUCACAGUAUUCGGCAGUGCAAAAUCAGCUUUUGAUGCCGUAUACACCAUUGCAGAAACAUACAAUACACCCGUCGACAUGAUCAUUCGUGCUUCCGGACACGGACCAAUCUGGAUGUGCCCGGCCCUCGUGACACCACUCAAGAAAUAUCUCGAAAAGCUAAUGACUGUCCGGCUACUCACCUGGUUCAGUCCGUGUAUAUGGGGAGAUGCGGACGGAUAUUCCGGUGUGCGCUCUUUCCUACAUUCAACUUGGUUGGGGAGGAAAAUCGUCGAUAUAUUCUGGUCUGUGAUUGGGAAUGAUGUCAAAACUCUGAACAAAUAUGACUCGCAUCUGGAAACAGCCAAGCUGAAGCCGUGGAUUGAGCCGUUGUGGGUUGCUUCGGGGUUGAGUAUACUCAAUUACGACAGGGAUUUCUUCGAUUUGGUUCGCGAGGGUAAAGUUCGCAUUCAUAUUGCAAAUGUUGAACGGUUAUCAACGGGGGCUGUUCAUUUGUCAACAGGCGAGUUCUUGUCUUCUGAUGGCAUCGUGUGCUGUACCGGAUGGCGAACAACGCCAACCAUAAACUUUCCCCCUGAGACGCAAAAAGAGCUCGGUUUUCCAACAGCAGAGGACCCAAUACCAGUAGAUAUGAUACAGAAAGCGGACGCACAUAUCUUGCAACAAUUACCUCGCCUCAAGGACCAACCAGUCUUCAACACCGAAUAUCAGCCACUGAUACAAGAAACCCCAUCCCAAACCCUUUCAGCAGCUCCAUCUCACCCCCUACGACUCUACCACUUCCUAAUCCCCUGCACACCUCAGCUCGCUUCCUCACGCUCCAUAGCGUUUCUAGGCAUGGCAACGACGGCCUCUACAAUGCUAAUCACUCAAGUCCAAGCCCUCUGGAUAGCAGCCUACUUCUACCACCCCGACUCAUUGCAUCUCCCUGCUCCAGACCGCACUGAGAUCCAAUGGUCCACUGCCCUUCAUACACAGUACUGUAUAUGGCGCUAUGGUGUGGGCGGACAUGGUAAUCGGCGACCCGAUUUUGUGUUUGAUGUUAUGCCGUAUGUUGACAUGCUUCUUAAAGAGUUGGGGUUGAGGCAAAACAGAAAAGAGAGCAGACUCAAGGAGUGGCUGGAAGCAUAUGGAGUGGAGGAUUAUAGAGGGUUGGUGGAGGAGUUUGUGGAAAGGUUGAAGAGAGAUAAGAAGGAUUUAUGAUGCUCUGAUUUCAUGAUAGCUGAUUCGGUGGCCUAGGAUAUCAGAAGAAACGAGAGCUAUGAAUGCUUGGAUUAUAACC